UCAGUGUGAGUGAAAAUGUCAUUGCUAAAGCACUUGAGUUGUCAUCUCAUUCUGACACUGUCCGUAUUGACUGGAGCAGAUAGUGCUGAUGACUUUUACAUAAUAUGGGCAAGAUGCAUCUUUAGCUCUCCUGAUUUCAGUGACAUGACGUAUAUAGACAGCUUUUACUUUAAUAAAUUUCUGUUCACACAGUUUAACAGUACUUUGGGGAGGUUUGUGGGGUUUAGUGAGAUUGGAAUGAGAAUUGCUGAGGAUUGGAACAAUGGCUCCUAUGUGCAAACAGAGAGAAAUGGAGUUAAUGUAUGCCAAAAUCUUUUAAAAUCCAAGGACACACCUGACUUUUUUAAAGCAGUGAAACCAAAGGUUAAGCUCAUUUCCGUGACGAGGGCUGGGAGCAGACAUGCAGUGUUGAUGUGCAGCGCAUAUGAAUUUUAUCCUCAACACAUCAAAGUGUCUUGGCUGAGAGAUGGUAAACUGAUGACCUCUGAAGUGACCUCAACAAUGGAGAUGGCUGAUGGUGACUGGUACUACCAGAUUCACUCUGAGCUGGAAUACAGCCCCAAAUCUGGAGAGAAAAUCUCCUGUAUGGUGGAGCAUGCCAGCUUCAAUAAACCCAUGAUUUAUGACUGGGAUCCGUCUCUCACUGAGCGGAAUAAAAUCGCUAUUGGAGCUUCUGGUCUGGUGCUGGGUAUCAUCAUAGCAGCUGCUGGACUUAUUUACUACAGGAUGAAAUUAACAGGAAGGAUCCUUGAUCACUCAUUACUCACUUGAUCACUCAAUAAUUAU